AUGCCAAAAAACGACGCAGGAGAGAAGCUGCUUCGUAAGCUGGGCUACAAGUUGGGUCACACAUUAGGGGAGGGCAGCUUCUUCAAGGUGAAAGAGGCCACCUCCAACAAGUACAAGAUCCCCUUAGCCAUCAAGGUGGUGGACCAGCUACGAGCACCCCCAGCCUUCGUUUACAAGUUUCUGCCCCAGGAGCUCUCCAUUGUGCGCAAGAUCCGGCACCCCAACAUCGUGCGCAUCUUUGACGUCAUUGAGGCCUGCAACAGUAAGUUCUACAUCGUGAUGGAGGCAGCAGCCACUGACCUGAUGCAGCUGGUGCAGCAGCUAGGGAAGCUGCCCUGCGUCCCCAAGGCCCGGGACAUCUUUGCACAGGUCGUCAGGGCUGUGCACUACCUGCACAACCGUGACUUGGUGCACCGGGAUCUCAAGUGUGAGAACGUGCUGAUCACCGCUGAUGGCCGCCGGGCCAAACUCAGCGACUUUGGUUUUAGCAAGGAUAACACCUACCCGGACCUGAGCACCACGUUCUGCGGGUCAGCAGCCUACGCUUCCCCGGAGGUGCUGAUGGGCAUCCCCUAUGAUGGCAAGAAGUACGACAUGUGGAGCCUGGGGGUGAUUCUCUACGUGAUGGUGACUGGCUGCAUGCCCUUUGAUGAUACCCAUAUCUGCAGCAUGCUCCAGCAGCAGAAGAGAGGGGUGCUGUACCCAAAGGGGCUGCCUCCACUGCCGGAGCCCUGCCAAGCCCUCAUCACCCAACUGCUCCGGUUCAGCCCACUUGCUCGGCGUGGGGUAGUGGCCAAGAACAGCUGGCUGAAGGGGGACAUCUGA